AUGGAUGUGGAGCUAGACCAGGUCCUCUGUACUGUCCUCUCUCUAGAAGAAGACUAUCCAGCAUUAUCUCCUCCCCUGAGGAGCCAGGAUCAUCUAUCAAGUCAUUCCUUUACUUCUGGAAAAAAUCCUGAUGAUGGACAGAAUGGAUGUAAGAAGCCCAGACUAGAGACAAUGCCUUCCGGUGCCAAAUCCAGAAAGAAAACCAUCUAUAGUAAUGAGCAGAUCAAGUUCCUUCAGAACCAGUUUAAAUGUAACCCGUAUCCAGAUUUUCUGAGCAGAUGUCAUAUUUCUCAGAUCACAGGGAUCCCAGAACCCAGGAUAUUGGUUUGGUUCCAGAACAGAAGAGCAAGAUAUCUCUCAAGAAGAAAUCAAAUCCCGGAAAAGAAAAAAUCUACAGCUCAAAUCCUUCCUGAUUUUCAUAAGAGGCUUCCAUCCAUCUCCAUGGAGAAUAUCUGGAUGUACUAA